UCGCUUUAUGUAUUUAUCCUGAGUAUCUAUGUAGGAACUCUUUGCUAUAGUAUAGCACAGUGGGCAGUGUAUGCCAAUUGCAGGUAUGUAUAUAAACCACGGGCUCCCAGUCUCCCCGCCAGUUCUUGAUCCAGAAAAUAUCAAUCAUGGAUCUCGAUCACUAUCCCAGACGUUCCUGGCCAAACCGCGCCAGACGCAUCCUCAAGGCAUUCACCACUCGCGAAGGCAUCGUCGGCGACUAUGACUACGCCUACCUCUUUACUCCUCGCAUCCCUUUUACCAAAAAGUCCCAACAGUCGGCUCCCUUUUUCGGUCUCGAUGAUCAAGUCCCUGUUCUCUUGGCUUUGCUGUUGGGCCUGCAACAUACCCUGGCCAUGUUGGCUGGGGUUAUCUCGCCUCCUAUCCUGCUGGGGGGUUCGUCGGGUGCGAACUUCGGGACCGAAACGUAUCAAUAUCUCGUGUCGACUUCGCUCAUUACGUCUGGGCUGCUGUCCCUGAUUCAGAUGACGCGGAUGCAUAUAUGGAGGACAAAAUACUUUGUUGGAACUGGGUUGAUUUCCGUGGUGGGAUGCUCAUUUGCGACUAUCACUGUUGCCAGCGGUACGUUCAGCCAGAUGUACUCAUCGGGAUAUUGUCCUGUCGAUGCCGAAGGAAAUCGUCUGCCAUGUCCACGUGGAUACGGCGCACUGCUGGGUACAUCAUGUCUGUGCUCGUUGCUCGAAAUCGGCCUGUCCUUCCUGAGUAGCAAAGUAUUGAAACGCCUCUUUCCGCCGCUUGUCACUGGCCCUACCGUCCUUUUGAUCGGUGCCUCGCUCCUGGAAACUGGUAUGAAAGAUUGGGCUGGUGGUUCAGGGAGCUGUGGAAAUGAUCCGGCCAGUCGUGCUCUGUGUCCCAGUGCAGAUGCUCCACAUGCUCUUCCCUGGGGCAGUGCCGAGUUCAUCGGUCUGGGGUUCUUGGUCUUUGUCACCAUCAUCAUCUGUGAGCGGUUUGGUGCGCCUAUCAUGAAAUCCUGCGCCGUCAUCAUCGGACUCCUAGUCGGAUGCAUUGUCGCAGGUGCCUGCGGGUACUUUGAUCGGUCUGGAAUCGACGCCGCCCCAGUCGCCUCGUUCAUAUGGGUCAAGACGUUCCCUCUCACCAUUUAUCCGCCGCUGAUAUUACCAUUGUUGGCUGUAUACAUCGUCGUCAUGAUGGAAUCCAUCGGCGACAUCACAGCUACCUGCGACGUCUCCCGCUGCGAAGUCGAAGGCCCCGAAUUUGACUCUCGCAUCCAAGGCGGUAUCCUGGGUAAUGGUAUCACCUGUCUCCUGGCCGGCCUAUGCACACUCACACCCAUGUCCGUCUUCGCGCAGAACAACGGCGUCAUCGCGUUAACAAAAUGCGCCAACCGCAAAGCCGGGUACUGUUGUUGCUUCUUCCUGCUGAUCAUGGGCAUUUUCGCCAAGUUCGCUGCUGCCCUUGUGGCCAUUCCAAGUCCAGUUUUCGGUGGUAUGACGACUUUCCUCUUCUCGUCGGUUGCUGUCUCUGGCAUUCGUAUCAUCUCCUCUGUGCCGUUCACCCGACGCAAUCGCUUCAUCCUCACUGCUUCUUUUGCCAUCGGUAUGGCUGCCACUUUGGUACCGGACUGGUUCUCGUACGUCUUUACAUACAGCGGCGACAACCACGGCCUGACAGGCCUUCUCGAUGCGAUAGACCUAGUCAUGGAGAACGGCUUCGCGAUCACCGCGUUGAUCGGAUUGGUGUUGAACCUCAUCCUACCCGAAAAUCUAGACGAAGAGAUGGCCAUCAUGAACGCCCAGAUGCAAGCUCCAAUCAGCCAGGAGAAUAAGAACGAGUCUGAGCCGUCGAGAAGUAAAGCGGAACCGGAGACUUCUAGUUCUGUUGCUGUAUAGAUAAAAUUUUGCAUUGGAUAUAUACAAUGAAUACCCUGUCACGUUAUGUCAGCAUGAGUCUGUUAAGUUAGUUAAAUAACUAGUUAACUAGUAUGAAACAGUAGUGUACAUACCUAUUCUCCGGGAACCCUCUCCCCCGGCGCCAACAUCUUAAUAUAAAAGUGCUCCCCGGUCUCUAGCACGGAAAUUGGAUCAUCCACCGAAAUCCUAA